GAAAAAUGAUAUGCGAUGAAAAUACGUGUCCCGAGAGGCACGUAGAUGAAAAAUUUCACGAGCAAAGGAUCCGUGAUAUUGACGAAGAUGAUUUUAUAAAAAAUUUGAAACACGAAAAGUGCAAGAUAAUUCAAUUAGUUCGUCGACAAAUACAUAAAUUUUACGAUACUCAAUACAAGGUAUCCCCGAUAUCAAAUGGGUGGCAAACAAGAUAUAUGCAAGAAUCACCAGAUUCUAUGUUGUAUAAAAUAAAACGCGAAGAGAAUUUAACAGAAGAGGCGAAUAGCGAAGCAGUCGAUAUAUCGAACAAUUUACUCAUGAGAAGUACAAUGUCGACUGGCCAAGCAUGGUGUCUACGUGCUUUGAGAAAAAUUCGAAAAAGAAUUUGCGUGAUGGUUGUAAUUGCCGGCGUCGUUGCUGUAAUGAUGCUGUCGAUUUACGGCAUUUACUUUCGCGCGUAUCUCUGCGGUAACGGGAAAUCUUGCGUCACAUCUCUUCGGUACACUCACGUCAAACACGCAUUAUUUUGA